UCGGUGGGGAAUUUCUGGCAGCAACAUGAGACCGCCGCCAUCUUCGCCGCCUAUGCCGCCUCCGCCUGGUACGCCCACAAUGCUUCGAUCCUUCCAGACUUGGCCUGACCUCAUGCAAUCAGACACGACGGAGGAGAUCUCACAACUGGACGGCCGUGGAACCAUUACGUACGUCCGGGAAUGGCUCUCGCGGUGGGCGAAGCUGGACCACUUCAAUGCCGCCGUCGUGAAUGGCGAGAACGUCACCAAGGAAUGGCUCCACGAAGUGGGGUUCACACAACCAUUCGUCGUGUUGGACAAGGUCAGUCUCGGGCUGACAGUUCCCUCGCCAAGCUUUACAGUGGAAGACCUUGCCUCGGUGGUGGGUCAGGACGCGGUCGUGUCUGUGCUAGAAGUGACGUCGCAACGCGCCGUGGGUGACUGGUCGCUGGGCCGCUGGGCAGCGUACAUGAACACUCCCUCGUCGGAAAGGACGCAGCAGUUGACCGUGCCUUCCUUCUCACACGCCGGCCUGUCCCGCCUGCUUACCCCGCCGCGCUUUGUGCGCCAAGUGGGCUGGGCCGAGUCUGUCUGGGUCCACAGCGGGUCCCUGCCGCCGCCGCCGACAUCGACCUAUUGCGUAAUGGCGCCCAAGGAUUCCUUCGUCGACUUUGACAUGAACAUGGGCGGGUCGUCGAUGUGGUACUCUGUCCUGCGAGGCAAGCAAGUCGUGUAUGUCGUGCCCCCCACAAGUGACAACUUGGCCAAGUUCAAACUCUGGUCAGCCAAUCACAACCCAGAGCGCUGCUUUGGUGACGUGGCAGCCUCCUGUGCGCACGUGGUCUUAACCGGUGGCUCGACCCUGUUGAUUCCUCCGGGGUGGCUCUACGCCGUCGCCACGCUCGAUCAAGAUGUGGUGGGGUUCAAAGGGUACUUUCUCGAGAGCUUCAACCUGCCCACGCACGUGGAGUGCGUCGCCCUCGAAAGGUACCUUCACGGAAGGUCUCGGUUCCCCCAGUACGACCAGGCGCUGUGGCACGUCGCGUGCUCGCACCUAAAGGCGCAAGAAACAACCGACAUGACAGCGCUCAGUCGGCUGCUCGACCCGUCGGCCGCCGACGCCGCCGACAUCGCCAUCGCCCACGGCUUCCCGUCCGCCGCGUCCGUGCUCGCCGCGCUCCAGUCGACGGCAGCUGCUUCCUCGUCCGGCUCGAGCAGCGGCGGUAGCAGCAGCAGCAGCAGUAGCAGCAGCAGCAGCGACGACGACGACGACGACGUCUCGAGUGGGUCGGAGGUCGACACGGUCGCAUACCCCAAGUUUGUAAGAGAAAACGUGACAACCAACGUCCGGCUUAAAGUCCUCACGCCGCUGGUCAUCCCCAUACUCGACGCGGCAAACCUGUCGACAAAUAAAUCCUCGUCUUCCAAAGCCAAGCGCAAGGCGACAAAGUCGUCGGUGGAGCAAUGGUACUUUGAGUGCAGCUGCGGUGACAAAGGAUCCAACUAUGAUGAUGGCAAGCGCAUGGUGCAAUGUGACGUGUGUGUGACGUGGCAGCACACGGCGUGCGCAGGCAUCCCCAACGAAACCGAGCCCCCCACGUCGUACAAGUGCUUCAAGUGUCUAGUACCUCAGGAGGAUGGCGGCGCGCCUUCGACCGUCGUGGACUGGACCGUGAGCUGCAGCUGCGGCAUCGUCGCCGUCAAUUACGACGACGGAUGCCGCAUGAUCGCAUGCGACAGGUGCAAUACGUGGCAGCACACGCUGUGCGCAGGCAUCCCCAACGAAACUGAACCCCCUGACGUGUACCUGUGUCGCAGUUGCAAGACCCACACCAAGAAAGCCAAGGACAAAUCCCCGCGGGCAGCCGUCAAGUCGCCCAAGACCCAACAACCGGUCCGGAAACCCGCGAGGAAGCCGCCGCAGCCGCCGAGCGACGACGACGACGACGACGAUGAUGACCAGGAUGUCAGUCCUCCGUCGGUCGUGCCCUCGAAGAAGCAGCGGUCGUCCAAGCGAGCCAAGAGGACGGCGGCGGCGGCGGACGGAGGGGAGAACGUCCGUCCGGUGCUCAAAGCAGCAGCAGCAGCAACAGUAGCAACCGCAGACGUGCCCAAGAAGAAGCAGCAGCCCACAAGUGUCCGCGAACGCCUGGUCAAGAAGCUCAAAAUGAAACCCAAGUGGGGACGCAUGUAA